AUGAAGAUCGUACUUCAAAAGGUCAGCCGUGCUUCGGUGUCCGUGGACUCGCAAGUUGUAUCUGGGAUCAAAGAUGGUUACAUGCUACUGGUAGGGAUUUCCGUCGACGACACCAUGAAAGACGUUGAGAAACUGUCAAAAAAGGUAGCGACGUUGCGUGCAUUUGACGAUGACACGGGCUAUGGCUGGAAGAAGAACAUCAAAGAGGUUCAAGGACAAAUAUUGUCCAUUUCGCAAUUCACGCUAAUGGGGAUAACUAAAAAGGGCACGAAGCCCGACUUUCACCUGGCGCAAAAGGGCCAUCUGGCCAAAGAGCUCUACGACAAUUUCCUGGCACUCUUACGUCAAGAUCUGGGUGAUGAUAAUGUCAAAGAUGGCGUUUUCGGCGCCAUGAUGAGCUGUGAAUUGGUAAACGAAGGCCCGGUAACCAUCAUUCUAGACACGACAGUCUGA